UGGUCCAAUUAUCAUGCAGGCGAGACACCGAGGUCCCGUCUGCGAGACGCGUCGUCCUCGCCGCGCUUAAUUCCGACUCGCUGGCGAGGCCUCGUGUCCGCGCGUGGCGUUCACUACGCUGUGGAGAUCCACGACUUGGAUCGGUGAGGUGCUCGUUAGACACACCGCAUACAGAAUUAACUGGAAACUAUGAUUGCUCGAUCUAGCUAUCCAUGUCGACGGGUCUCCAACUACGGUUACACGGUGUAGAUAGAAAUAAUAGCUAACGUGACGACGCGUUUUGCGCGUAACGUGUUCUCGAUACGCGCGCGCAGUGUGCUUUCGCCGUCUACUAAACGCAAAAGUGUCAGGACAUGUUAAAGACAGCUCGCUGCCCGACGUGAUAUUAAAUGCAAACGCAAGUCAUCCGAGAAUGACUUCGAGAAAAUGCGUCUCGCCGUUAUUUCUUCGCAGCUACGCGGAUGGAAAUUACAGCGUGACGUAUCGAAGGUGUUACGUGUCGAUCGUGCGAGACACGAUACGCUCUCCAUCUUCGGAAAACUUUCGAGUCGCUCGACAUUCGUGUGACGUAUGACUGUGGAAGACGCGAUGCACACAGGUGAUACUCUUCGAGGAGAAAGCGCCGCCCGUUAUUAUCAGACGAGACCAAGUGGCCCAAUUUGUAUCGCGCCGUUAAGGAGCGACGGAGAUGAUUUAUGGAAACGGUAGACGCGCUAAUUGCCUGCCGAUGUGAUUCAUCGGGUGGUGUCGUUACAUAUCCGAGGACGUCGGUCACUUUGUGAGGAAGCGGCCUGAAAUAAUCUCAUCGAUUGCAAUGAAGUAUGCAGUUGCUUAAUUACGAUACGGCAUAAUGAGGGAGAUUCGAUGCUUGCUCCUGAGGGUGGUCGGAGCGGUGGUGGUCGGCGCGGCUGUCUGCAGUCGCAUCCCCGGAUUGGCGAAAAGUCAGCGCGAGCAGUGCAGAAAAGCGCCGCACGCAAUGCCGGCGGUGGGCGAAGGCGCCGCGCUGGGUCUGCGCGAGUGCCGGCACCAGUUCCGACAUCACCGUUGGAACUGUUCCCACGUGUCCAACGAUCAGGUCUUCGGCCACGUGGUGGUAGUGGGUAGCAGAGAGGCGGCUUUCACGUACGCGAUAAGCUCGGCCGGCGUCACGUACGCGGUGACCGCAGCUUGCAGCCGUGGCAACAUCACAGCUUGCGGUUGUGAACCGGCUGUAAGGACGAGGAAGGAAUUACCGCCGAACGGUUGGGAGUGGGGCGGCUGCAGCGCCGACGUCACGUACGGGAUGAGGUUCGCGCGUAGGUUUCUGGAUGCGAGAGAGAUCGAAGGUGACGCUCGGAGCCUGAUGAACCUUCACAAUAAUAAAGCCGGAAGAAAGAUAGUUAAGGCUCUUUUGCAAACGGAAUGCAAGUGUCACGGUGUAUCUGGAUCUUGCACUGUGAGAACGUGUUGGCGAACGUUGCCCAGUUUUCGUCAGAUCGGCGAUGCGCUUAUGAAAAAAUAUUACAGGGCUAGACCCGUUAUCGCCAUUACACCGCCUCCCCCACCCACAGUUCAGACACUGGACGCAAUGUCGCAUUCAAUGUUGCCGGAAAUGGUGCCCAUAUUGGGAAACGACGCCAAAACUCAGGGCAAGCCGAACGAUUUCGCCAAGCCGCGGCACAAUCGACAGCCGCUGUUGAAGAAAACCGGCAAGUCCAGGAGGCCGCAUUUGGUCCUGAAAAGGACGAAGGUCACCGGUGGACCGAGUAUAAGCCUGAAGAGAAUUCCAAAAAGGAGCGAGCUAGUUUUUCUUCAACCCUCCCCCAAUUACUGUGAGCCAGAUUUGACGCAAGGCAGCCUCGGCACGCAGGGCAGAUAUUGCAAUCGUACUAGCAAAGGAACCGAUGGAUGCGAUUUAAUGUGCUGCGGUCGUGGCUACAACACACAUCAAUUCACGAGAACCUGGCAGUGCAGAUGCAAGUUUCACUGGUGCUGCCGCGUACACUGCGAGACUUGCAUGGAGCGUACUGAGGAAUACACAUGCAAAUAAUACUGUCGUCGACGUACAACGUGUAUAUAGAUUUGCGAAAUAGUACAUGUAAUUAUAAACGGUAGACCUUAUCUCCACGAACGGAAGAAACGACAUGACGCACGUGAAACGUUAACAUCAUACGUCAUUGCGAAAGCAAAACUAUACAGGGGUAUCAUAAUUUUCAUAAUUAUAUUGUACAAUGUCUCUCUCGAUAAUGUUGAAGUCGAUAGGGGAAUAUCUUUGUAAUUUUUUCGGGCCCUUUAAAAAUUUCGGGUCGCAUGUAGAGUUUUAUGAUAUUUAAACAUUGGAUAUAUUGAAGUGAUCAAAGCCUAAAAUGUAAAAGCGUAAAAAUGGGGCGCGUAAAUAUCGUCCUAUUACGCUAACUUCGAAUCCUGAGAGCAUCGCACCCUAUUUCACCUCGCUAUUACUUUCUAUUCUGCAUUUAGGGACGGGAUUAAAUUUAAUACGUAUUUAUGAAACUUUUAGUCAAUUCAAUGUCUAAAUAUCGUUUCAUCAGGUAAUAUAAGAUAAUUAAAAAAAAAGUAAUAUCGAGUUUUGUAAUAAUUAUAGAUGCAUUUCAGGUAACUGUAAGAAACGUUAUCCAAUCAAGUACCCAACAAUUAAUGUCGAUAUUAUCCGAAAUGUAUUUGAACCUUUUAUACGUAAUAUCUCGAUACCGUCUAGAACGUAUUCAAAUCUUUCGAAAACGUACUGAUAUUGUCCCAUCAAGUAUAUAAUAUCAGCGUCUCAGCUCGAUACCCACAUAUAUAUGCACCUUUCUCCGACAAUAUAAAUUAUUUAUCAUUAGAAGUAAGUAGUGUAAUGCGGAAACUAUCGUAUAACAAAUAAAAUUCUGUAACAUU